CGAAAACAGUCUUUGAAAUAAUUAAAUGUAAUAACAAGAUAAGGGAAAAAGUAUCGCAUGCAAGAGGAGUUACGAAAACAACAGUCUAUUGUUUAACCAUGAAUACUAAUUAUUCUAAAUGAUUAAAAACGAAACAUUAACUUCACAUUCAAUGCUAAAGGUCAACAGUGUGUAUCCUGAUUUAGAAGUAAUGUAAAAUUCAUGUCGCUCUAAUUUUUAAUUGAAUGGUUCUGCCACAACCAACACACGGGCUCUUCGCACGCACGUGCAACCCCAAACAAGGCUUUAAUCAGUAGUAGAAGCUUUCCUCAUUCAAGCCCGUACAUCCGUGUAGGGAAAAUGUUACUUUUACUGCGCCUGGGUCGUGCGUUCUAUCGCAUCUUGGUGGAUUACUGCAACAAUGCAUCGCUGGCCGGCAUCGGGUACAUCGUCAACCGCCGGUACCACCCAACGGAGCGACUGUUCUGGUUCGUUUGCACCUCCAUUGCGUGGGUUUUUGCGGUCCGGCUCAUAUGCUCCUACAUGGAGCUAUUCCGGACGGAUACGAUCAGCAUUGCGGUGGAGAACAUAGAUACGCGGGCCGAGCCGAUAGUGUUCCCGGCGGUCGGUGUCUGUGAGAUGGGCUACGUGAAGGAAGUGUAUCCCGGGCUGCAGUCGUACCUUGGCGCGUUGCAGACGAACGACGAGAUGGAGUUUAACUACGACGUGGAAGACUAUAUGCUGCGCAUUAUCUUUCACAACCUGUACAACGAAGGCUCGAUAAGUAGCUACUGUGCAAUGUACGAGGAGUGUGACGAUUGUAUGAGGUGCCCGAAGGAUGGGUACAGCCAGACAGCGGCCAUGGUGCGCGCUAACUGUAGCACACUGUUCCGCGAGUGCCGCUGGAAUGACAAACCGUUCGAUUGCUGUCGCUACUUUCAACCGAUCGAAACAACGAUCGGAACGUGCUAUCUGCUUAACUCGCUGCAAACGGUAGAGAAGUAAGGU